CGAAUGCCGCGAGAAGCCUCACAUUUCGGUCGGCCCCUCGUCGGCCUACCAACCCAGCUUUUCGUCACCUCUCUCCUCCUCUUCCUCUCUCUCUCUCUCUCUCUCUCUCUCUCUCAAUUGAGACAAUGGCCAAACCCGAUAACGCCACGGGCAGCUGAAACCGAUCGCCUCCUUUCCUCUUCCAUCAUAAAAGCAUAGAAACCAAGCUCCAGGGUGAGGGUCACGGUUGUAAAUUUCUUCUGAGAUCUAAAGCCAGUGCUCUAUUCUUUUGGUUUGGGAGAGAUUUCCGGAUGGCUACGUGCUUCGAUCGGUGGGAGAAGGAUCCGUUCUUCGCAGCCGCGGAGGAGGUCCAGGAAUCCGCUGACAGGAUGGAAUCCGUUUACAGAAGAUGGAUUUAUGAGAGGAAAGCGGCUUCUAGCGGCGCUGGAAAUGGUGAAGACGUCUCCGGGGAACUCCUCGGGGAGCUUCACACGGCACUCGGCACGGCAAAAUGGCAGCUUGAGGAGUUGGAUCGGGCGGUUAGGUCGUGCGAUGAGGCUUGCUCGGCCGGGCAGGACGCAAGGACCCGGCACAGCCAAUUUGUUGCGGCGAUUGGGAAUCAGAUAUUGCUGGUGGAGAAUUCUUUGAGGGAAUUGACACAUGAGGAGGGGAAAGCUAUGGCCUGGGUUCAAUUGGAUGAAGGAGAGCGGGAUGAGCUCGCUCUUUUCUUGUCCUGUCCCUUGCCAGAACUAGAGAAAUUGGUGACUGUUCCUUCUGUUGGUGAGGUGAAGAUAGAGGGCAAUCAUCUGAAGAUGAAUGGAGAGGCUGAAUGCCCGAAGAAUAUUUCCCAAUCAUAUGAGUUGGAUAGGAGGGAAAGAGAGGAGGAGAAUGUGCAACAGCACCGGAGGACAGCAAGUGCUAAUGCUGAUAUUGGGGUAUGGAAGAUUUCGGUUUCUGACGAAGAAGCUCCAAGGAGAUCAUUUGACAAGCGGCCCAAUUUACCCCCUCCAAAGAUACCCAGCUUAUCUUGCUUAACAAAGGCUUUAGAAUCAACAUCUAGGAUGAACUUGUCUAAAAAUGGCUAUAGGAAAUGGAAAGGUGGGGCUCAACAUCAAGAGGAAGAAUUGAUCCCAUUACGAAACAAUCAAUUGAGUCGGGGAAAUGAUGCAUGCUAUGAGAAAAGUAAGAGCUGCCUUAGUAGUUAUGGUGAUGAAUCUUAUGAUAAACAGCUCUAUGGGUGGUUUGGAGCUCUUCAAAGACAGUUUCAAAGGUCUCAGUAUCAAAUCCAGUAUGGCCGUCCUAUUCAAACUAUCCUCUGGGCCACUCUCGUACUUGUAUUACUUGUCUUAUUGACGCUGAGUGCAAUAUAGCGGUGAUAGACAUAUUGACACAUCAUUUGGCAGUUGGAAAAUCCAUGGGUGGUAGUUCAAGCUUUGGUACUUUCACAACAGUAAGUGCAGGUUGUCGAUAACUUUUAGGGCUUAUGCCAAAUGCAUGCAUCGGAGCCUCGACUCUUUGUACGGUUUCUUAUUAGUAAAAGAUGUAUCUGGAAAGCCUUAUCUGGAGAGGCAUCGUUUGUAUUCUGUUGUGAAAGUUGUAUCAAUGUGAAAUGUUGGUCGUUUGUUUCCAUAAGAUCAUUUUUUGCUUCCAACUUCUGAUGCCAAAAGAGAAGUGCCAAUAAUCUUCUUCUCCCAUCAAAUGACAGUUUAGAAAUGCAUCACAGAAUAUCCCAUGCCGACACAUGGCAGGGGCGUAGAAUGGAAUCAUCCCAGCUGUUGAUGCACUUGAUCUUGCGAACCUCAGGUGUUGCAUUUCAUGCAGGAUGGUUCACAGUGCAUCGAUUGACAUUCCGGCACUCGGUCAUUCAUCCUGUGUUUGUGCUGUAUAUGUUGUUAGAGGUUGCAGAGUCUGCAGACGCUACAAAAUAAACUGCAUUUUUUUGUGAUUA